AUGCUCGCUCAAUCGGUACGCCAUCUGCACGAUCAAUCUUACUGCUCCGCACGACAUUGCUAACGUCUACCAGCUUUUCCCGUUUGCCCUCUCCUGUACGUGACCAUCGCGAGACCUCUGAAGCAUUCCAUGGUUGACAUCCGAGAUUCCAGAUGGCUUCCUCAUCCAUCCCAAUUUGGCCACGGCCAAACACCAUCCCGGUGACCUCCGCAUGAACCAGAUUCAAGUCGUGGGAACGCACAACAGUUACCAUCGCGAAAUCAGUCUUGCAGAACGAACCGUGUUCGAGAAAUUCGUCCCCAGCCCGGAGAAUUACUACUACUCGCACUCCAAAUGGACAGACCAGCUGGACCACCAACAAGUCCGAUCCUUUGAGAUCGACCUUCACAGCGACCCUGAGGGUGGACUCUAUGCUCACCCUUUGAUCUGGAAGCUUAGCAACCUGACGAAUGCCACGGUGCCGUUCAACGAUUCGAGCAUGGAGAAGCCCGGCCUCAAGGUGUUCCACAUUACCGAUGUGGAUACGAAUGCAAUUUGCCAUACCUUCAAAGAAUGCCUUACACAGCUGAAAGAUUGGUCGGACAAGAAUCCGCACCAUCUACCUCUCACCUUUGACUUGGAGCUCAAGUCCGAUGCGCUAGGAUGUAGCCUUGGGGGUGUCUGCGCAGAUGCGGCGAAGAAUUGGACUCUCACACAGAUUCUGGACGUUGACAAGGAGAUCCAAUCCAUACUUCCGAGAGAGAAGCUCAUUGUGCCGGAUGACGUCCGACAGCCGGGAUUGACGCUUGAGCAGUCGGUGUUACAACAUGGCUGGCCGAAGCUCAAGCAGGCCAGAGGCAAGUUCAUGUUCUACUUCGACAACGAGCCGGAUGCGAACCCCAACAUCCGCAACAUCUAUCGCUCGGGUGGACACGAGAGUCUCGAGAACCGGACCGUGUUCACAAAUGGAGUGGAGGGAGAGGCGGAUGCUGCGUUCAUCAAGCACAACACACCCAAUGUGACCGAGAUCCAGAGACUGGUGAAGAAGGGCUACUUCAUAAGGACGCGUGCCGACGAGCCCAUCACCACGAUCUUGACGAGGAAUACCACUACGCGGGACUGGGCUUUCGAGAGCGCUGCGCAGAUCGUCACCACCGACUUUCCAGCUUAUGGGAUGAGCGCGCGGUGGGAUAGGGACUAUGCCGUGCAGUUGGAGAAGGGAAAAGUGGCCCGUUGUAAUCCUGUCACUGCGCCGAAGUGGUGCAAGGACAAGAUGCUACAGUAG